ACAGUAUACAUAUGAUAUGACUGAGAUCUCUAACGGGGUUUCGCUUUACGAACGCUUCCUCGAUAUAGUGCAGAUCUCAACACGUUUUCACAUUCUUUCCUUUAUUUUACGGCGAGAUCUCUUAGAUCCGGGGCUUACUGCAUUAUCUGAUUCAUAAUAUCACAUUGGAGUUCAAACUGAUUAGUUUUCUCUGAUCUGGAUCGUCGUUCGUCUAGGUCCGAAUCGUCCGAUACAACUUCAACUACAAACUGAAAUGGACUUCUUUGAUAAAUUGAAGAUAUGGGUUCUAUUUGCCUGCUUCACAUCUUACAUAUGCAAUGGAUUUUACCUUCCUGGUAGCUAUCCACACAAAUAUGCUAUUGGAGAUGCGUUAUCAGUCAAGGUAAACUCUCUGACUUCAAUUGAUACUGAACUUCCUUACAGCUACUAUAGUUUACCCUUCUGUAAGCCUCCCGAAGGUGUCAAGGACAGUGCUGAAAACCUUGGUGAGCUCCUCAUGGGAGAUCGAAUUGAGAAUUCCCCAUAUAGGUUUAAGAUGUACACCAAUGAAACUGAUAUAUUCCUCUGUAAGACGGAUGCGUUAUCUGCGGAUGAUUUUAAGGUCUUAGCUAAGAGGAUUGACGAUAUGUAUCAAGUAAACUUGAUUCUUGAUAACUUGCCUGCUAUUCGUUACACUCAGAAAGAUAGUUAUUUGCUAAGAUGGACUGGCUACCCUGUGGGAAUAAAGGUUCAGGAUGUCUAUUAUCUCUUUAACCACUUGAAAUUUACUGUUCUUGUUCAUAAGUAUGAGGAGACUAAUGUUGCCAGUGUAAUGGGAACUGGGGAUGUACCUGAGGUGAUCCCAACCGCUAAGAAAUCUGAACCUGAGAUUCCUGGGUAUAUGGUAGUCGGAUUCGAGGUGGUUCCUUGCAGUGUACAAAACAAUGUUGAAUCUGUAAAGAACUCGAAAAUGUAUGAGAAAUACACGACUCCGAUCAAAUGCGAUCCCACCACGGUUGCGAUGGCUGUGAAGGAAGGCCAGCCGUUGGUCUUUAGUUAUGAAGUGGCGUUUGUGGAGAGCGACAUCAAGUGGCCAUCGAGAUGGGAUGCUUAUUUGAAAAUGGAAGGAUCCAAAGUGCAUUGGUUCUCGAUUCUGAAUUCACUCAUGGUAAUCACUUUCUUGGCGGGGAUUGUGCUUGUGAUCUUCUUGAGGACAGUGAGACGGGAUCUGACUCGUUAUGAGGAGCUCGACAAGGAGGCUCAAGCCCAGAUGAACGAGGAGCUCUCCGGAUGGAAACUCGUGGUUGGAGAUGUCUUCCGCACGCCUGCUAAUCCGUCCCUUCUUUGCAUGAUGGUUGGCGACGGUGUUCAGAUUCUCGGAAUGGGGGUGGUAACCAUAAUGUUUGCUGCCCUAGGAUUUAUGUCGCCGGCCUCUCGUGGCCAGUUGCUAACUGGUAUGGUUUUCUUUUACAUGAUUCUAGGAAUAGCGGCUGGUUAUGUGGCUGUUCGUCUUUGGGCAACUCUUAAAUCCGGCGAUAAGAAUGGAUGGAUUUCAGUUUCGUGGAAGGUUGCUUGUUUCUUCCCUAGUAUUGCUUUUCUAAUUCUCACAGUUUUGAACUUCUUAUUAUGGGGUAGUCAUAGCACAGGAGCCAUUCCAUUUUCUCUGUUUGUUAUUCUCAUCUUGUUAUGGUUCUGCAUAUCGGUUCCAUUAACUUUGGUUGGUGGGUAUUUUGGGGCAAAAGCUAGUCAUAUUGAGUACCCGGUUCGAACCAAUCAGAUCCCAAGAGAAAUCCCUGCUCAGAAGUACCCGUCCUGGCUGUUGGUUCUUGGCGCGGGUACUUUACCAUUUGGGACUCUCUUUAUCGAGCUGUUCUUCAUCAUGUCAAGCCUGUGGAUGGGCCGUGUUUAUUAUGUUUUUGGGUUUUUGUUGAUCGUGAUGAUCCUUCUUGUGGUGGUUUGUGCGGAGGUUUCGCUUGUGCUGACGUAUAUGCACUUAUGUGUGGAGGACUGGAAAUGGUGGUGGAAGUCUUUCUUUGCAUCUGGGUCUGUGGCUUUAUAUAUUUUCCUAUACUCAGUGAACUAUCUAGUGUUUGAUCUGAAGAGUUUGAGUGGUCCGGUCUCUGCGACUCUGUACCUUGGAUAUUCGCUUUUCAUGGUUUUAGCGAUUAUGUUGGCAACCGGGACUGUUGGGUUCCUUUCAUCGUUCUGGUUCGUGCAUUACUUGUUCUCUUCGGUGAAGUUGGACUAAGGAGCUUGCUAAUUUGCUCUUUUGUCGGACUCAGUGUUUUUCCUGUCUGUCCAUUGUUGAGAAUGAAAUAGGUCUUAUUUCCUCUGUUUUGAUCAUUUAUAGGAUAAUUGCUUGUUUGUUAACAAUAAGACUGAUUGUCUUCUUGAGCUUUGAUUGAUUAUUUGUUUAUGGGAGACAUGAAAUGAUGGUUAUAUUACACACAUGAGUUGAGCACUAA